AUUUUCUGUUGAUUAGGAUAAGUAACCGGCUUCAUUUAGCUGCACUUCUCGUCGUUGCAAACCUGAUGUGUUUGAACCUGUUUGAAACCUUGGGAAUGAUGUUGCGAUGAUCAGCGAGAUCCGUUCUUUGAAUGCCUGCAAUUUUGAGACAUCUCGGGUGGUUAAUAAUUUUACAGGUGGCCAUGCCGGAGGGCGUCUCCCCAUACGCGGUGCUGGAUGGCCUGUACGAACUGCACGAGACGAUCGGUUCGGGCGGCUUCGCCAAGGUCAAGCGAGCCACCCACCUGGCCACCGGCGAACAAGUGGCCAUCAAGAUCAUGGACAAGAAACAACUCGGGGUGGACCUGCCCCGGGUGUACCUGGAGAUCGCGGCCAUGAAGGAACUUACGCACCAGCACAUCGGCAAGCUGUACCAGGUCAUCGACUGCGAGUUCAAGAUCUUCCUAGUCAUGGAGUACUGCCGCGGCGGCGAGCUGUUCGACUACAUCGUGGAGCGGGACCGACUGACGGAGGAGGAGGCUCGGGUCUUCUUCCGCCAGAUCGUGUCCGCCGUGGCCUACAUCCACCACAAGGGCUACGCCCACCGUGACCUCAAGCCGGAGAACCUGCUGCUGGACGACGACAACCGACUGAAGCUGAUCGACUUCGGUCUGUGCGCCAACCCGGAGGGGGGCAUGGGCGCCCACCUGGAGACGUGCUGCGGCUCGCCGGCGUACGCGGCGCCCGAGCUGGUGUCCGGCCUGCAGUACCUCGGCGCCGAGGCCGACAUCUGGAGCAUGGGCGUACUGCUGUACGCGCUGCUCUGCGGCUUCCUGCCCUUCGACGACGAGAACAUCGCCAGUCUGUACAAGAAGAUCCAGGCGGGGGUGUACGAGAAGCCCGAGUGGCUGUCGGAGGCGUCGCUGCGCCUGCUGCACCAGAUGCUGCAGGUGGAGCCCAAGCACCGGAUCGUCGUCUCCGACCUGCUGACACACCCAUGGCUGCUGGCCGGCUGCGGUGUGCCCGUCGAGUGGAAGAGCUACUGUCAGUCGCGACAGCCGGAUGAUGACGUGGUGACGACGAUGGCGGUGAGCGCCGGCCGCAGCCGUGGCUGGAUGGCGCGCCGGCUCGCCCAGUGGGCCUACGACGACUGCACCGCCACCUACUGGCUGCUGCUGACGGCGAAGCGGCGCGGCGAGCCCGUCAGACUGGCGCCGGCACAGAUGCCGCCGGCGCCGGGUCGGGACACGGCGCUGGACGCGCUCGACCAGCGCCGCGGCCGGGAGCUGGAGCUGGCGGCUAGCCGCGAACGAGAGGAGGAGGAGGCCGCCAUGGAAGCGCUGCUCAGGCCCAUCGAGAUGGAGGAGCCGCUGCUGGAGCGGUGCACGGCUCGCAGCUCGCAGCGGAGCCGGGGCAGCCAGCGACGCAAGCGGGCCACGCCGCCAAAGCCGGCGGCCGCCGACGACAAGGAGAACUUCCUGCUGCCCAAGGCGCCCUCCCCCAGCAAGAAGAGCAAGCGCCGCGCCGGAGAGACGCCGUGCAAGCUGUCGCCGUCGCGCUCCGUCGAGUCUGCCCUGGACCCGACCUUUAAGACGCCGCAGCGGAGCCGGCCCCGGCCUCAGUCGGAGAACUUCCGCACGCCCGACUGCAAGCUGCCCGUGCCGCGGACGCCGCUCUCCGGCCGCCGCGUGUUCGGCUCCAUUGAGAAGGGCCUCGACAAGAUGAAGAACAUGCUGACGCCGAGGAAGCGGGCCGCGACGACCGCCGACAAGCCGGCCCUUAUCGACACCAAGAAGAUGCUAAACGUGUCGGCGACGGGCAGCCGGGACCCGGACCAGGUGUUGAUCGACCUGCAGCGCGAGCUGUGGAGCCGCGGCAUCAUCCUCAAACAGAAGGGGUACACUCUCAGGGGCAAGGUGGCCGAUCCAUUGGGAAAGGCGAAGCUCUCCUUCGAGCUGGAGGUCUGCAUGAUCGGCAGCCUCAAUGUCGUGGGCAUUCGGCGGAAGCGUCUGGAGGGUGACGCCUGGUGCUACAAGAGGAUAUGCGAGCAGGUGCUCAAGCUGGCCGGCCAGCAGACCGCCGUGUAGCACAUCAAAGCCCUGCCGCCGGCCAAGUCGGAGCCAACUAACUUCAGUCGCGUCCAAUCAACAGAAUGACGUCAGCGGUGUCCAAUCGCGCGGACAGUGUUUUUCGUCAGGGGCCAAUCACUGAGCGGCGAAUAAACCGCUUUUGAAAAAUGCUCUUUGAGACGCCGUUAAAGAGCAUUUACGAGGUGCGAAGGGCCGUGCAGGGAAGCAUUUUACCGAGGCCUUAACUGGCGGUCGAAGCAUUUAUUUCAGCAGUCACUGGGGCCUUUGCUAUGCCAUGAAGUGUUCUCGAUAUGCUCAAUGUUUCGCAGCGAGCCAUAAAUUUGCGUGACAUUGCAGAGUCAAGAUGUUAUUCCCGUGUACGCGUCUUGUCUGUUUCAUGCCUAUAGGUAGUCAUUUUCUUACGUAAGCCCUGUCCCCGCUCUUGCGUUAAGCAAGCUUGCCGUCCAGUGUGUAUGAUUACGGAGAUCUGUUCCGUGGCAGCCGGUCUUGCCAUGCAUGUGUGCGUGUAGCCACGGGCAUACUCCCGCUCCUUGCGCCAUCUGGAUGCCAUGGCCGCCACCCCCUCGCCGGUCCGGGAGCCAGUGCCGCGGGGACUGCCAGUCCUCUGCAGAGGUCGGCCGCCAGGCACGUCGACCUCUCCAACGCGGGACCGUUCCUGGCGAAGGACCGUUCCUUGCGCGGUGCGCGUCGCCCCAGGCUCCGUCGCCGUCCAGCGACGCACCGUGUGCUGGAGUGGCGCUGAUGGCUGACAGUUUGUGACCUCUGCCGGGGCCAGAUUGGCCCACUCCUCCUUUCGUGUGGUUAUUUCUGUUUCCUCCUGUCAUGACCCCAGAUCGCACUAGCUCCGGUGGUUUUCUGGUCGUGCUCCUUCCACCGGAGCCCCCUGCUUCCCUGCGCGGUCGCCAUGUCCCUCGGCGGGAGCGUGAGAGCGCUCAGGGUCCCCGUGAGAGCGGUGUAAAUAGUGUGUUUUAGUCGUGUUUUAUGUGACGCCUGAUGUGCUGGAUGGUUGACGGUCGGGCGGACGGCCGCGCUGGUGGCUGGCAUUACUCUUCGUCUCUCUGUCUCGCGGCCAAUAAAACACACCGAGCAGUCGUG